GGUGUGUCGUGUGUCUUGUGUCUGCAGCCACAGAGCUUCGUUGUGGAAGACUCAACAAAUGCAGUUGUGAUCUCUGAAUGUUUUCAGCCUGCGUUUGCCAGAGCAAUGACAUCCAUAACAAGUGAUGUGUAUGGGUCCCUGCUUGGAGGACACACAGUGAAACGGUUUUCAUCUUCAGUCAGAGUUUGUCAAGGUGGAAAUCAUAUCCUUUGGCUGUAUAAUUACUUGCUUAGAAACCAGAGACAGACAUGGAAAUUUCUCAGACAUUGUACUUGGCUUUGAUGAUUUAGAAGGCUACACAGACAAACAUCCCUAUUUUGGAGCAGUGAUUGGUCGCGUUGCAAACAGGAUUGCCAAAGGUAUCUUCACUGUGGAUGGUAAAGAUUACCUUCUUCCAAUCAACAAUGGGCCUAAUAGCAUCCAUGGGGGACUUAAGGGCUUUGAUAAGGUUCUGUGGACUCCAGAGGUGGUAGAGAAUGGUGUCAAAUUCUCUUACACAAGUGGCGAUGGAGAGGAAGGAUAUCCUGGAGAGUUAAAAAUCUGGGUGACUUAUACACUUGUUGGUAAUGAACUGGCUGUAAAUUAUAAGGCGAAGACCAGUAAGACCACACCUGUAAAUUUAACAAAUCACUCCUAUUUCAAUUUGGCAGGACAGGGUUCAGAAAAUAUAUAUGACCAUGAAAUUUCCAUUGAUGCUGAACACUACCUUCCUGUAGAUGACACAAUGAUACCCACAGGAGACAUAAACCCAGUUGAAGAAACAAACUUUGAUUUGAGGAAACCAGUUAAUCUUGGAAGCCAGAUUGCCAAAUUGCAAGAAAGUGGGUUUGACCAUAACUUUUGCUUGAAGGAGUCACAAAAACAACAGACUUGUGCAAGGGUAUACCAUACGCCUAGUGGCAGAGGGCUCCGUGUGCGGACAACUCAGCCUGGCAUCCAGUUUUACACAGCUAAUUUUUUGGAUGGCUCACUGAAAGGGAAAAGUGGUGCUAUAUAUCCAAAGCACUCAGCUUUUUGCCUUGAAACUCAAGCAUGGCCAGAUGCUGUAAAUAAGGUACUUUUUUUUUAA